GUGACGCAGCACCACAACAAAGGCGGCCAUAUUGCCAACAGGAAGGAGAGGAAAGCAACUCUGUGAGCCUGGGUCAGAAUAACUAGCGUUUUUACCUGUCAAAAUGAAGUGGGAAUACAAGGACGAGCACCCUUUCGAAAAGCGGAGAGCCGAGGGCGAGAAAAUCAGGAACAAAUACCCCGACAGAGUUCCGGUGAUCGUAGAAAAGGCCCCCAAGGCUCGGAUCGGAGACCUGGACAAGAAGAAGUACCUGGUUCCCUCAGAUCUCACAGUUGGUCAGUUCUACUUCUUGAUUCGGAAGCGGAUCUCACUCCGGCCGGAAGAUGCGCUUUUCUUCUUCGUGAACAACGUCAUUCCCCCCACCAGCGCGACUAUGGGGUCUUUGUACCAGGAGCAUCACGAGGAAGACUUCUUCCUGUACAUAGCGUACAGCGACGAGAGCGUUUACGGCAUGUAGACUUCCGCCCCACAAGACACACUUAAGACACACACCGAGCAGACUUAGGACUGCUGAAGAAUAAUAGCAUAAUAAUGAUAAUACCACCUUCUUUGACAAAAUCUGUAGGUGUAAUAUAAAUGAGCUUAUAAAAAAUCUAGAGAAAUUGGCGAGUCUUAGAGAGUUAUUUGCUGGAUUUUGUGUACGAGAAUGGCUGCAGUUUUUUUUCCUGAGUAUGUAUCUGGUUUUACAUAUAACACUCUCCCUUGUAUAAAACUUGCGUUUUUUUUUCCGCAAUAUUUAAUCGUGUAGACCAAAAAUAGUAAAAAGUGUGGAGUGGAAAAAGGGGGAAAGAGAACAAUUAGAAAAGCGGCAGUUUUUGUUAUUUGAUGAAUGUGUGUGUGAAAAUUGUAACUUGUUUUAGUUUUAAUCGGGACUAGUAUUUAAUCAUCCUUCUGCACUUCUUGUAUUUAGCACAAUCUUGCUUUGGUGAAUGAGGGUUAAUCUCAAUAUUUGUAGCUAAACAUAGAAUGUAUGCAGCACAUAUGAAUCGGUGAAUAAACUUUAUGUAUGUAUUACCCAUUUCCGUAUUGUCACUGCUGCAAGUGGCACACAUACAACAAUGUUUGGACAUAAGUCAAUUCUUUUGAAGCUCCUUGCUUCCAGUAAAUGCCUACAAUAACUUAAAACAUGCUUUUUACCCCAAAUUCAGAUGAGUUGCAGUACAGAGUCUCUAAAUACAAUACAAUUACUGUUACCAUGGUAACUUUGUUAUUAAGAAGCACAAACGGGUGUAAAGGACACAUCGGUGAUUGACACGUAUCAAUAAAAUCAACGUGUACAUAGA